UGGUGCAUAUCCUCCGUCUCCGCUUCUUAUUUUAAUUUACGAUCGUAAUUAGAGUACAGUACAGUACGCAGAUACGCGUGUAUUCCCGACCGCGUUAUGGAUAUGAUGAGUAAUUGAUGAUAAGCGCCAAAGAGGACGUAAUGCGAUUUCCUCAUUUAAAGUGAUUUGUUAUAUUUGUGACAUGUUGUGUGUUUAGUGAUAAUAAUAGAAUAGGUGCACUGUGCGUUUGUUGGAUGUUGGAAACAUACGUCGUCGCUUGUUUAAUUAUUUAAAUUAGUCAAUUAAAUAUCAAUGGCCUUAACGAACUCUCUGAGCACAUCCAAUCGACCCAGAAAACUUUUGAUACAACCGUCUGCUAAUAGUCCAUUUUGUGUCAGUCCAAGUCAACUGCAAGAAGUAACUUUAGAUCCAGAUGCAACAAAUCUUUCAAGAGAUUUUUCAUGUUUUGCACCAAAAUCUCCUAGUGAUUUAACAAGUGGCCGAACUGUGAAAGAAAUAGAUGAACAGCUUUCGUCCCUAAAGAAGGAAAAUUUUAAUCUAAAACUUAGGCUGUACUUUAUCGAAGAACGAAUGGGUUCCAAUUUGAAUGUGGAUAAUGAAGACGUCAUUCAAAAAAAUAUUGAAUUGCAGUUUGAGCUCGCAAAUGUACAAAAAGAAUUGGAAAGCAAGCAAGAACUUCUUUGUCAAGCAGCCAAAGUUAUGGAAAUUGAGGAUGAGGAGCAUAAGAAGGAAAUAAGCGAAAAAAAUCGGGAAUUAUGCUGUUUAAAAGAAAGGAUCGAAGAAAUGAGAUUUCAAUUAGAAAAGGAUGAAAAGGAUAAUACUCGUGAAGAGCUUUGGACUGAAGCUUUUAACUUAGAUGCUCAACGUACUACUUCUCCAGAAAUGAUUAAAAAACUUCAAGCAACAAUAAUUGAUCUUCAAAAUGAGUUGAAGCAGACACGAGAAGAAGCCGAUCAGUUGCGCAGUAUAGCUGACAAUGCACAAACAAAAUGGAAGCAUUUAGAAUUGCAAAUUGCUCCAGUUGAUGCACUUAAAGAAGAAUUGUCGAAAAAGUCAUCCAUUAUCGAUUCAUUGAGGAGAUCUUCUACUCAAAAAAAUUCAGAGCUACAUGAUGUAAAACUUCAAUUAAAAGACAUUCAGAAUUUAUACGACAGUUUGAUAGUAAGGAGUGAAGUAGAUCAAUCACCAUCAAAAUCAAAUAACGAAUGUGGUCCCUUAAACGCUACCGGACAAUUGAUUCCAGAGGAGGUCACUGAAUUAAAAAAGAAUCACUUUAAAGCGUGUAAAAUAAUUAAAACAAUGAUACAUAAAAAGAAGGAUUACGUUGAUCAAAUCGAAAAGCUGCAAAAAAUGGUUCAAGAAGGGGCAGAUGAAAUUCAGUCUCUAAAGAAGAAAAUAUGUGACAUGACAAAUAAUACGCAGUUCGAAUCGAAUAAAAAAUCCAUUAAAGAUAAAGUAUCGGAAUUAAAUCUGACUGCGGGCUGGCAUCCAUCUUCUUCUAUUGAGGAGAAAGCGAUAACCGAAGACCAUGCUGAUCUUACCACGCAGUAUAAAAUCCUCGUUGACGAGCUCGAGAAAAAGAUUGAGGUAUUACACGCGACACUGCAACAUAAAGAUAGCCACAUUGGGCUGCUUAAUUUGGAGAUACAGGAAAAGGCGAAUUCUAUUAUCGACCUUGAAUUCGAAUUGUUGGCACAAGUGGAGGGUAUUAAUGAAAAUGAGUCGAACGAUGAAAAACAAGACAUGUCAAAGGAAAAGUUACUCGAAGAAAAGGAUGAGGUUAUCCAAAAACUGGAAGGCGAAUUGCGUAAACGCACCGGCGAUCUACAGGGAAUUGUUAAUAAAGAAUUGUGGGAGAAAAAUAGGACAAUUGAGAAAUUGCAAACAAUUAUUAAGGGAAAAGAGGAAGCAUUGAGUAAAAUUGAGAAAACAAACAAUAAUACAGAACUGCAAUUGAAAAUACUUAAGCAACGAAUUAACGAACUUGGGAUUCACAUAAAUAUUCCUUUAGAAUUGGCCUCGUCGGAUGAAAUUGAAUACCACAAAGAAAAGGAUCACCAUUUACUUUUGCAAUUAGAGAAAUCUGAAAAGAUGAGGAGAGAUUGUCAAGAAAUGUGUUGUAUUUUGAAUAAUCGUCUGGAAGAACUCUGUCAUUUUUUACAGUCGCUUCUUCAACAUAAAUCGAUACUGGGUUUUUUAGGCCAUCAACAAACGCAGAGGUUGCACGAGGCAAUUAACAAAAGUUUAGAACUUUCGCAAACAUUAUCUAGCAGUAUUUUAAUUGACGUCGAUCAAAGUUUACAACAGUUAUGCAAUAUUACCAAUUUAUUGAAUUCAACACGCACUGACAGUGUUAUUCAUUCAUUUGAAGAUGAUAAUUCUGUACUCAGCAUUGUGCCUUCAGAUGUCACUUUAACUUAUCACAAUCAUUUAACUAGCAUCAAUAAUGAAAGGGACUUAGUUAUCGUCUUACGUGAACAAAUUGCAAAUUUACAACAAAUGGAAUCGAGAGAUUCUAAACUGGAUAAACUGAAACCGGAGACUUCUCAAUCAUUAAGAAUGCAACAGUUAGAUAAUCAGUCGGAGUCAGAAUCAUGGUCCGAGCCUGAUCGUAGUGUGUCAUUGGCACGAAUUGGUUUACAAGGUGAUAGCUUGAAAUGUGGAAAUAUUAGCUCAACCAAUAAAACACCGUCCAAAAGAACCACUUUAGUAGAAAAUAAGCAGACUAUUAUGUUAUUGCAAGAACAAAUUUUGGAACUUGAAAUGAAACUGACGAAAAGUGAAGAACGGUUGAACAACGUUCAGUUGGCUUAUAACGAACUUGAGAAAUCAUUAGGUUACGAACAGGAUAAGUUGCUGGAUAUUAGCAAGCAGUAUGAAAUUAGCCAAUGUGAUGUCGAGAACCUCAAAGCACAACUUUCUAAAUUACUAUUACAAAUUCAAAACACCAAUUCCGAAUUGGAGAAGACCAAAGUAGAAAAGUUUCAUGCGGAACAACAAUUGAGUCAGUUAAAAGUUACAAUAGAAUCUUUAGAAGAACUUAAACGCACCGUACACCUAUCGUAUGAUACCAAGACUAAACAUAUGCAAAAUAUGUUAAAUGAAAUGGAAAUUGAAAAAACUAAGGCGGCACAAAAGGCUGAAGAUUUAGAAAUAAAAUUGCUAGAAACCGCGAAGCAUCUUGAGCAGACUGAAGCAAAACUGCAACACACUCAAUGCAAAUUAGAAAACUGCCAACAGAGAUAUUCCAAUGAAUUAAAUAACCUGAAUUGUAAACUACAACAGCAAACUAUUGCACUAAAAAACCUGUACGAUAAAGAGGCCAUUGUCGGUAACGAGCUUCAACAAACUCAAAAAGAUAAUAUAAAACUAACUAAUCACGCCGAGCAAUUACAAAUCGCUAAUCGAGACAGUCGUUCAAAAAUACUCUCGUUGGAAGAAAAGAUUGAUCAUUUGCUUAAACAACUUGACGAUGUUACUCUCAAAAAUUCCGAAUUAGUACUGGAAAAAGCAAAAUUAAAAAACGAAAGUGUCAUUCUAGAAUCUAAAAUAGUAGAGGCGAGCGAAAGGAAUUUAUUUGCAUCACAGAUUUGCAUUUCUAACUUAGAACGGAAAAACUUACUUCUUGAAUCGCAACUAAAAAACGUAAAUAAAGGGCGAAUUUUAAAGUACACACUUUCAUCAUCUUUGCCUAGCAAUCUAAAUUUAUAUAAACGCCAAAUAUCCGAUCAUUCGGAUUACACAUUGGAAGAAAUUCAAGGAGAUUCUGAAGAUUAUCGGUCGCUCAGUGUACAUAAUGAUCUAGAGAUUGUCGACGAUAAUGAUCGCUUGCAAGCGAGUUCUUCGCCCGAUUUGGGUAUCGAGAGUGACCAAGGACGUUUGUCAAGUUUGGAAAAUAACGCUGGUGUACAGAGACCGCUGUUACCCUCGCUUCGGAUAGCACAAACUGUGAAUAAUUUAUUGAAUUCAGUGGAAAACAACAUCUGCAAAAGUCAAAGUUGCAAUGAACAAAUGGAACGGAUUUCAAAUGAAAAUGUUACACUUCGCAAACGAUUGCUGAGGACAAAGCGUACUUUAGACGAGACAUUAACUAGAUUAACGCUGGCUAAUAAACAGAAGAAAGAAGUUGAAAAAUCAAUUUGCAAGCAAAUUCACAAAACAAGUCAGGUACUUCGUAAAGCGAAAGCAAAUUUAGAUUCCGGAUCUGAAAAUUAAUUUUAAGGCAUCAAACACCAUAGUAUGUUUGAUUUCAAAUAAAUUUAGUUAUUUAGGAAAAAAUAAGUAUAUAUGUCAAUAUCAGAAUGUGAUAUCCAGCGUCUGGUGCUUAGAUGUACACUAUUUUUCAUCUUUUACAUAACCUUUUUUCGUUUUGU